GAAUAAAAAAAGUUGACAAGGUAUUAAAUAUUAAACAAAAAAAAAAAUGGUGAGUAUCAUGAAGAUAACGAUUAUCAUGGUUUUGUUAGUGGUUGGCGUGAGUGCAAAGACGGUGGAAGAAUGUAAACGAACAACCUGCGCGACUAAAUGUCAUGACAGCAAAAGUUUUGCUUGUUCUGAUUGUCUUCUUCAUUGCGCUUUUCCUGGAAGUGAGAGCAAAAUAAGUCAAGCACGGGCUUUCUGUCUCAGGGAUUGUGAUGUCGCUUGUCAACCAAGCAACGACUGCUACCAACGUUGUAUUAAACACUGUCCUCCAAAACCUUUGAUUUGAGAUUUAGAGGUCCUUUUAGAUUCGAGUCUU